AGUGUUAUUAUAAUAUAUCAUUGAAACAUCAAGCCAUGCCUUCAGCAAAUUCCUAAAAGAAUGACAGAUUUUUGUGCUGUUUUGCAGGUUACAUGUAAGUAUAUGCUGCAGAGGAUCUGUGGAUUGGAUGUAUAUAAAGAUACCCGAAUUUCGACAAGAAAAACUGAACCUCAUUCCAUGGCUCCUCCAACAGAUUAUUCCAAGAGUGAUGUCUGCAACAUUAUGAAACUCAAAUGGAUGUCCUUUAUGCGGUGCAAACUUGCUGGGACCAGAGGGAGGAAACUUCCCAGUGAUGUCCCCCCUGGUCACUUGGCUGUUACUGUUGGGGAUGCUGGCAGGAGAUUCGUCAUAAAAGCAGAUUACUUGAACCAACCAGCUUUUCGUCAGCUGCUAGAUAAAACAUAUGAAGAUUAUGGUCCCAAUAAAGAUGGUCCCUUGGCUAUACCUUGCGAUGAGUGUCUCUUCAGAGAUAUUAUUCAUUCGUUCAAUGGUGGGUCAGAUGUCUGUCAAUUAACUUAGCAUGUUAACAAUGAAGACCUCAGUAUAAGCUCAUGUAGGACAUCAGUCCACUAGUUUGUGGUUCCACUGAAGAAAGAUAUGCAGGAGUGAUGGAAACAGCAGCAAAGAUUGGGUGUAACAGUUGAAGCGGUUAUCAAAUUUCUCUGAAGGUCAUCAUCAUUUCUUUCUGUUGAAUUAAAGAUGCAGAUAGAGUUGUAUUAUUACUGCAGAAUUUAUAAAUAUUGGUUAUUGAGCUAUUUAUGACAAAACAAA